UCGGCUUCGUUUGUUCGCGGGGGGUAGAGCUUCGAAUGAUUCGCUUGCCAUUGCCUGUCUAGGACUUGCCAAUGAUCUCUCUUAAAGACAUAGUCCCUGCUGCUACCAACACAAUAACCACACAGUUUAUACUCCUUGAUAAGGGAAAUAUUGGCCAGGAUGGGAAGGAGACGACAUGCCUAGCUCUGGUUGCCGACGAGACGGCUUCCGUCCACUUCCAGCUAUGGGGCGACGAGUGCCAUUUCUUCGAGCCCGGCGACAUAAUUCAUCUCACUAAUGGCAUCUUCUCUUACCACAGGAGCAAUCUUGUGCUGAGAGCUGGAAAGAAAGGUAGAGCUGAGAAGGCUGGGGAGUUCAAUAUGUUGUUUGUUGAGACUCCUAAUAUGAGUGAGAUCAAAUGGGCCAAUGAUCCCACCAAUCCUAGAAAGUUUGUGAAGGAAGCUGUUCUUUCCUCUCACUCCAGAAUUUUCCCGACUUUGCCAUGAAUAUUUGUGGAUCAAUUCAGUUCCAGAUUUCCUUUGAGUUGAUAAGAAUUCUAAUUGAUGUCUGUUAUUUAUGAGAUCUGUAACAAAUUUUAUUAAGGUUAAACUCUUAAAUAUCGAGAUAUUUUUUUGUGUAAUGGCAAAUUUUGAAGUUAAGUGUGUUUCUGCAAGGGAAA